AUGCCUUCCGAUAUCAUUUGGCCGGACAAGUACUUGCCCGGAACCACAGACAAUUACGUGUCCAACGAGAUAUUCGUCAAGGGCAUCACGUCCCAACAGGUGUGGGCCAAGCUCGCCGAUAUCACAAAGUGGGAAACAUACUACGAAAACGUCGGCCAAAUCACACCCCCAAAGUCUGGCGUCUUUCUAGAAAAGGACGAUUUAUUCAGCUUUUCGACCUUUGGCUUCCCGCCGCUGCAGUCGCAAGUGCUCGAGUCGGUGGCCCCCACGGCAACGACCCCGGGUCGCCUGGCUUGGCGGGCGUGGCAAGAGGGCGACGAGGACAAGUUUCUGGAUGUCUACCACGCUUGGAUUGUGGAGGAUAUGCCUUGGGGGGUCGUCCGCAUUCUGACCCAGGAGUCGCAGAUUGGCAAGCCGGCUGCACAGCUCUCUACCACGAAGCCAAACCCCAUGCUAUUGGGACAUCAGGAUUGGCUUGAUGGUCUUGCCAAGGCCGCAAAAGAAAGCUCAUGA